AUGCCCUCGGUUCUCCUCUUCUCCGGCCUCCCGCUGGACGUGCGCGAGACGGAUUUGGCGGAACUGCUCACCGCCGAGCCGAUCCGCCUCGCCCCGGCCAGUAUUGCCGUCACGGCGCUGUUUAAUAAGACGGCGACGUUCCUCGGUACUUUCCUCGUUGAGGUUGGAUCGGAUGGGGAUGCGGAGCGCGUGCGUCGCCAGUUCUCGGGACAGGUCAUUGAUGGAUCACACACCCUCGCGGUACACCACGUCCUCCCCGCCAACGCCACGCUCCCCACCACCCCUAGAGCCGUGAUCCCCGCCUUUGGUACCACUGUUAAGGGCAGAAUCUCUCCUGCUGCUCCCGCGCCCGUGCCGGCGCAGAAGGCCAAGUGGCCGACGGCAAAGAAUGUCAAGGACGACCAGCGUGCUCCGGGACUUAGGCUCCUCUCUCGUCUUGGGAAGGGCGGCAAGGCUGGCGAGAAGGAGCGCCAGAAGAUCCUUCUCGACAAGCAGCGUAAAGCCGUCGCCAGAGCCAACCCGGGCGAGGCGCUGCUCUCGCGCCUGGCCAAACCGGCCAAGGGCAGCCCCGCGGCCAAGAAGACGGCCGCAACGGUGCAGAGCAAGAAAGCGGGGGCAAAGGGAGCUGACAAGGUGUCACGCGCAAAAAAGGCAGCCAGCAAGCCUGCGGCGAUGGAGGUGGACAAAGCGCCAAAGCCCAAGGCUCUGGAGGCGGUACCCAAGGCCAAGCCGAAGACACAGCAUGACCUGGACGAGGAGAUGAAGGCGUACGAGCGGCAGCGGCGCUUCGCAUAG